UUAUUGAAAGAGCUACAAUGGGAGAAGAACUAGUUAUUAUGCCAAGAAGGAAACUAGGAUCACAAGGUCUUGAAGUAUCAGCAAUCGGUUUAGGAUGCAUGGGUAUGUCCCCAUUACACGGGUCCCCAAAACCCGAAAAAGAAAUGAUUCAAGUAAUCCAAAUCGCCAUUGAAUCCGGCAUCACAUUUCUUGAUACUUCUGAUCUCUAUGGCCCUCAUACAAACACUAUCAUCAUCAGCCAGGCUCUCAAGGGGCCCCACACGAGACAAAAAGUACAACUCGCCACCAAAUUUGGGAUCAAGUCACUCUCCGGUGAUAAAAAGAUGGUGGUUUCCGGCGAUCCUGUGUAUGUGAAAGAAGCUUGUGAUGCUAAUUUGAAGCAACUUGGAAUCGAUUGUAUUGAUCUUUACUAUGUUCAUCGUAUUGAUACAACCAUUCCUAUUGAAAUCACGAUGGGGGCAUUGAAGGAAUUAGUGGAAGAAGGUAAGAUAAAAUACAUAGGGCUUUCGGAAGCUUCACCAGAAACUAUUAGAAGGGCACAUAAAGUUCAUCCAAUAACAGCUGUUCAAUUAGAAUGGUCGUUGUGGACAAGAGAUGCUGAAGAAGAAGUGAUUCCUACUUGUAGAGAGCUUGGAAUUGGGAUAGUUCCGUUUAGUCCUCUAGGAAAGGGGUUCUUUUCAAAGGGUCCGAAGGUGGUUGAGAACUUUGCAAGUGAUGACUUCCGAAGGCAUCUACCGAAAUUUCAAGGUGAAAAUUUGGAGAACAAUAAGAUUGUAUACGAAAGGGUGAAUGACAUGGCAAGAAAGAAGGGAUGCACCCCGUCUCAGCUGGCGCUGACGUGGCUCCUACACCAAGGGGACGAUGUUUGUCCUAUACCUGGUACAACAAAAAUCGAGAACCUUAAACAAAACAUUGGAUCAGUUUGUGUAAAAUUAACGAAUGAAGACAUGUGUGAGCUUGAAUCGAUUGCCGCAGAUGUGAAAGGCGAUAGGUAUUCACCUGCAGUAAUGCAAGACACGUGGAAAUAUGCAAACACUCCACCAUUGUCAUCUUGGAGAAGUGGAUGAAUCUUGGAGGACUUGUUUAGACUAUACGAAAGAUUCUAUGUUUGACUAUUACUUUUUGAACUUUUAAUUAUCAAUUUGAUCAUAGUUUUAUA